GGAACUGGAAAUGGAAACGAGUAAAAUGCUGAAAAACAGUGCAGUGCGCAGUAUACCCAUCGAAUUUACAGAUCUCACCUAUCAAGUUAAAGUGCCAAAGCAAAAAGAAAAGAAAACUGUACUUAAAGGCAUAUCGGGGACAUUUUUACCUGGUGAGCUGACGGCAAUUAUGGGACCCUCUGGUGCUGGCAAAUCAAGUUUAAUGAAUAUUUUAACGGGAUUUACAAAAACUGGCGUUACGGGCACUAUCAAAUUCGGAGAUGCACCAAAGGCCCGCAAAUUAUGCUGUUACAUUAUGCAGGAUGAUCAUUUCUAUGCCUGGUUUACCGUUGAGGAGACAAUGAUGUUGGCGGCCAGUUUAAAAAUAUCGAAUGAAUCGAUGCAUAUACGUGAUAGGAAAUUAUUGAUCGAACAAAUUUUGGAAACGCUAAAAUUAACAAAAACAAAGCACACACGCUGCAGUCGAUUAUCCGGUGGCCAAAAGAAACGUCUAUCGAUUGCCUUGGAACUUAUUGAUAAUCCUGCCGUAUUAUUUUUAGAUGAACCAACAACAGGUCUCGACAGCUCCAGUUCCUUUGAUACAAUCAAACUUCUACAAAAAUUGGCCAGUCACGGUCGCACAAUUGUCUGUACUAUACAUCAGCCGUCCUCGAAUAUUUACAGUCUCUUCAAUCAGAUUUAUGUGAUGAGUCAGGGUUAUUGCACCUAUCAGGGAACACCAGAUCGAACAGUGGACUAUUUUAAGUCGUUGGGUUUGGAAUGUCCCGCCUAUCACAAUCCGGCCGAUUUUUUACUAGAAUGUGUUAACGGCGAUUAUGGCGACUACACCAUGGCAUUGGCUGAGGCGGCACAAAAACCCGAAUGGCGUCAUAACUAUAAUCGCAGUCGGUCUGCAAUUAUGGCCAGUGAUAAAAUUGUUGAGGCCAAUACCGGCGUCAGUGUACCCAGCAAUGGUAAACUUUUACAUUCCGCAACGGAUGCUUUUAGUAAUCGCAGUAGUAGUCAUUUCUAUCCACCACCGGAAUGGGUGCGUCUGUGGCUGCUGAUUGGCCGCUGUCAUGUACAAAUAUUUCGGGAUUGGUCCCUAACCCACAUAAAAUUGUUAAUGCACAUUCUCUGCGCCAUUAUGAUUGGUCUGCUCUUUGGUGAUUCGGGUUCAAAUGCUGAUAAACAAUUAUCGAAUUUCGGUUCAUAUUUGGUGCAUACACUUUAUCUAUGGUAUACCACCAUAAUGCCCAGUGUUUUAAGAUUUCCCCAAGAAAUCGCCAUUAUCAAAAAGGAGUCGUUCAACAAUUGGUAUAAAUUGCGCACAUUUUAUUUGGCCUCGCUGAUAACCUCUACACCGGUCCAUAUUAUUCUCUCAACGGUUUAUAUCACUAUUACCUAUUUUAUGACCGAUCAGCCCCUGGAAGUCGAUCGUUUCGUUAAAGUGAUCUUAUCAAGUAUGAUGGUAACCAUAUGUGCGGAUGGUUUGGGUAUAUUUUUGGGAACGAUAUUGAAUCCUGUGAAUGGCACCUUUGUCGGAGCUGUUACCACCUGCUUUAUGAUGAUCUUUUCCGGCUUCUUGAUUUUACUAACACACAUGUCCGAUUUUAUGCGAAUGAUAUCGUAUGUUUCGCCCAUACGUUACGGCUUGGAAAAUAUGGUGCUGGCUAUGUACUCGAAUAAUCGACAGGAUACCAUAUGUCCCGAUGAUGUUCUAUAUUGUCAUUUCAAAAAUGCUGCAACGGUAUUGAAAAGUUUUGGCAUGGAAAAUGGCAAUUAUGGUAUGAAUUUGGGUAUAUUGGUACUACAGCUGGUCAUAUAUAAAUCAUGUGCCUAUUUUACCCUAAAGCGUCAGGUUAAACGUCAAUAG